UUUGGAACAGCAGAAUGCUUUAAUUCACACUCCUGGAAGACCACCACGCAUCAAUACGGCUGGCGAAUCCAGGACGAUACUACGGAUACCAUCGAGACAAUUCUAUGAUUUCAGGACGCCCCCUCUGUCUGAACCUGACAUUUCGUUGCUUUUACAUCAGCCAUGGCUGAUCAGUGCAUCGUCUGUCUGGAGCCCCUGGACAUCGAGCCCGGCACGACCCCGCCGGCCCCUGUACAACAGCUGAAGGAGCAAGAAGAACAACUCGCCAUUGACGACUCCGGUGCACUCCCGAAGACAAACGAAGUUGCUGAACCGCAGCACUCCAACCAUGACAAUGUAGCGCUGAUCGAAGUCUGCGGCCACAUGCUUCAUGACAACUGUCUCCGGGAGUGGACCGAGAAGGCCAACAGCUGUCCCAUCUGCCGCCAGACCUUCCAUGUUUUCAACGUCUACGACAAGAUUGGAGGUAAAUUCUUGUCCACCCGCCGCGUCGAGGACAAGAAGCAGGUACCCGAGUUCGACCCGAGGGCAUGGGCCGACGAGCCCCCCGAAGAGCCAGAUCUUCCCAGCAGUCGCUGCCCCGUGUGCAAUUCGAGCGGAGACGAGGAGGUGUUACUCCUUUGCGAUGGCUGCGACGCAGCGUAUCAUACGCACUGUAUCGACCUCGACGGCGUCCCAAGCGGGCCCUGGUUCUGCAUGGAGUGCGUGGACGCCUUUGGACCGGACAUCAUUGAGCCUGUCGACAUCAUAAGGAGGGAGGGUGGCCGCCUUGGCCCGCGCUAUUACUUCCCGCGUACACAGGCCAGCAUGCGACGUGCUAGACAACGAGCUCGGUCAGAUGAAUGGCAAGGAGCAUGGGGCCGCAUCACAGGCCGCAUCUGGGAUGCACUUGAACUGGACCUAGAUUAUCAGGACGAUGAAGAUUCAGUGGUUUUCGAGGGCCUACGCCGGUCACAGCAGUUGCAGGAGCAGGAACGGCGAGAGCAUGAGCGCUGGCAACAGCGCUUGAACAUCGCCAGCCGGCUGGGUGCUCGUGAGGUCUUUGCAAACAGCAUGCCUCAGUUUGUUGCUCGUCCCCUGCCACCGCAACAGUCCCGGGAGGAACGGCUCGCCUGGGGUGCUUUGGAGAAAGCCAGAGAGAUGGAGUCACGAAAGCGCAAAUCAAGAUCCGCGACAGCUGAGCCGAACGAGGAGGCACAUCACGAGCCGGAGAGGAAGCUCAAGCGACCCCGCACGAGACGCUUGCCCCCUCAAAAUGGUGAAUCCUCGUCAUCUGCAGCUAGGGAUGCUGAACCAUCGACCCGGCAAGAACAGGGGAGUCAUUCGACUGCAUCAACCGAGGCGCAACCCUCGUUCCUGGCUUCGCUGCUCAAGGAGGUCGAGAUGAGCACGCCAUCGGAUGAGGAGACUCUCAGAAACAUCUUUGGUCCUAUUCCAAGUGUUAAUGACGCUCCAUCGCCGGCUCGCUCACCCUCCGUCCACAGACAAGGGUCAAUCACACCGCCAACGCACCGCGCAAGCUCACCCCAGAUGACGCUGAGUUCACACAUUGCCCCCAGAUACCCGCCGCCGAACUAUUCGCCGACAAGGGGGUCAUCGUCGAACUCGGUACAGCAUUCCCGAUCAUCCUCACCACAGAGACCUGCUCCGCAAGAAGGCAAGUCCUCUGCCGACAACAGCGACGCUGAACAUCGCGGCCGCCGCAGACAACAACAGCCUGGCCACCACAGCGUACUGGAACUCAGGCAGCCACAGCCUCGACGGACGGAGAAUCAUGCACUACCUAGGUCGCAAAACACGUCUCCUGCUCGAAGUCCACUGCCCCUCGAGGUGAAGGAGAGCAUCAGUCGAAUUGUGCGAAGCGCGUUGAAACCGCACUGGCGCUCCAGCAAACUGACCGCGGAGCAAUACGAAUCCAUCAACCGCGAAAUCUCUCGCAAGAUCUAUGAAGAAGUAGAGGAUCCAGGGGCGGUCAACGAGGAGUUGAAACAAGGCUGGGAAAGGAGAGUGACCCAAGAGGUGGCACGUGCCGUUGCCUCGUUGAAGGCUUGAUCGAACUAUCCCGUAUAUCCCCACUUUCACAACGGAGCACAUUACAGCAUGGCUGGCACAACAUGGCGCACAUUGCAUGGUCAUAUGGCAUAUGUGGUUAUGCUCGGGGUGGUGGUUUACAAACGACGUUUCUUAUUUCGGCGGGGCAUCGGAACAGUGGCGUUUCAUGGCAUCGGGACUGACUGGAUGAUCUGGUGCAGGGGGGCGGCAAUGGAA